UCUCUACCUCUCUACAUCUUCUGUCGUUUCAGUGCAUUCCCUCUUUCUUUCUCCCCCCUCUCGUCUCCGCACUCAUCCUCCCCUCGCCAUCACCUUUUAAUUGCUCGUAUCCUCCAUCUCUCCGUUUCGUCAUUUUUGGAUCUCACCCCUUACCCGCAUCCCUCCUCGUCCUUUCCUCGUUUGCCGGAUCCAGAAACCAGACCUCCUCUCAUCCCUCCCCUCCCUCUUUACGUCCCCCCUCCCUUCAUACUCGUGCUGUUCUCUUCAAUGCUUAAGUCAGUCAAAGGGGAUACAGAGAAGAAAAGAGAAGCGAACGCCGGGCGCUGAGAGCGAGAGAAAGAGAGAAGGAGAAAAGCUGGAGGGAGAGAGGGGUGAGGGGGGUACGGGGGUUUGGAUACAUCUCCAUCUGACUUCUCUCUGCCAUGGACUGCCUCUGCAUAGUGACCACCAAGAAAUAUAGGUAUCAAGAUGAAGAGACUCCGCCCUUGGAGCAUAGCCCCGCCCACCUGGCUCACAGUAAAAGUGCUGAGAUGCUUCACAUGAGUGAUAAGAACCUGGCCGCCAUGGAUUCCAUGCACAGUUACGCUCCUCAUACACACAUCUCACCUAUAAAGCCAGUGUUGCUGUCAUCUGGUCAAACCCCUUUGUACACCUCUGCAGUCUCCACACUGGGCAACUCUCCACCAGUCGUGGUAAACACAGACACACUGGACGGCUCACCUUAUGUGAAUGGAGGAGAAGGGGAGAUUGAAUAUGAAGAAAUCACGUUGGAAAGGGGGAAUUCGGGUUUGGGCUUCAGUAUCGCUGGAGGAACUGAUAAUCCCCAUGUCGGAGACGACCCCAGCAUCUUCAUCACGAAAAUCAUUCCAGGAGGAGCCGCCGCACAGGACGGGAGACUCAGAGUAAAUGACAGCAUUCUGUUCGUGAACGAUGUUGAUGUUCGGGAGGUGACACACAGUCAGGCGGUGGAGGCUCUUAAAGAGGCCGGGGCCAUCGUCCGACUCUACGUACUGCGCCGAAAACCCAUCGCUGAGAAAGUCACUGAACUUAAACUCAUCAAAGGGCCAAAAGGUUUAGGUUUCAGUAUAGCGGGUGGUGUCGGGAACCAGCACAUCCCCGGAGACAACAGCAUUUAUGUCACAAAGAUCAUCGAGGGAGGAGCGGCUCAUAAAGACGGACGGCUACAGAUCGGUGAUAAAAUACUUGCGGUGAACAAUGUUUGUUUGGAGGAUGUAAUGCAUGAAGAUGCUGUGGGUGCACUGAAGAACACAGCAGAGGUGGUCUACCUCAGAGUCGCCAAACCUAGCAACAUGUAUCUAACCAACAACUAUAACCCACCAGACCUCACAAGCACGUAUUCUCCACACUUGGACACAGACCUUGGACAUCCAAACUAUCUGGGUUCAGAUUACCCACAAGCCCUCACUCCCACCUCACCAAGCCGCUUUUCUCCUGUGCUGCAUGGCCUUAUGGGAGACGAUGAUUUACCCAGGGACCCGAGGCGUGUUGUGAUCCACAGAGGAUCUACAGGUUUAGGGUUUAAUAUAGUUGGAGGGGAGGACGGUGAGGGAAUCUUCAUUUCUUUUAUUCUGGCUGGAGGUCCUGCAGACCUGAGCGGUGAACUUCGCAAGGGAGAUCAAAUCCUGAGUGUGAAUGGAGUGGAUCUACGAGCAGCUACACAUGAACAAGCAGCAGCGGCGUUAAAGAACGCUGGACAAACUGUGACCAUCAUCGCCCAAUACAGACCAGAAGAGUACAGUCGAUUCGAAGCAAAGAUUCACGACCUCAGAGAGCAGUUAAUGAACAGCAGUAUGGGAUCUGGAACCACAACAUUACGCAGCAACCCGAAACGAGGAUUUUACAUAAGGGCUCUGUUUGACUACGAUAAGACAGCAGACUGCGGUUUUUUGAGUCAGGCAGUGGGUUUUAAAUUCGGAGAUGUGCUUCACGUUCUGGAUUGUGGAGAUGAGGAAUGGUGGCAGGCCUGUAGAGUCAGUCCACAGGGUGAGGAGGAGGAGGUGGGCUUCAUCCCCAGUAAGAGGAGAGUCGAGAGGAAAGAAUGGUCACGGUUGAAGUCUAAAGACAGGGACCGAACUCGAGACAGUACAGGCUCGCAGGGACGAGAAGAGCCGGUACGGAGUUAUGAGACAGUUGCACAAGUGGAAGUGCACUACGCCAGGCCCAUCAUUAUUCUGGGUCCCGUGAAGGACCGAGUGAACGACGAUCUGCUGUCUGAGUUCCCAGACAAGUUUGGAUCUUGUGUCCCUCAUACGACGCGACCCAAACGCGAGUACGAGGUGGAUGGGCGCGACUAUCACUUUGUGUCGUCUCGAGAACAGAUGGAGAAAGACAUUCAGAACCAUCGCUUCAUUGAGGCAGGCCAAUACAACAGCCAUCUGUACGGUACCAGCGUUCAGAGCGUGCGAGAGGUGGCCGAACAGCAAGGAAAGCACUGCAUUCUGGACGUGUCGGCAAACGCCGUUCGUAGGCUACAGGCGGCACAGCUUCACCCGAUCGCCAUUUUUGUACGACCCAGAUCACUGGAGAAUGUCCUAGAGAUCAACACGCGUCUGACUGAAGAGCAAGCCAGGAAAGGAAUGGACCGCGCUAUUAAACUGGAGCAAGAUUUCCUCGAGUGCUUUUCUGCGAUCGUGGAGGGUGACAGUUUCGAGGAGGUUUACCACAAGGUUAAAACUGUGAUCGAGGAGCAGUCUGGGCCUUACAUCUGGAUUCCCACCAGGGAGCGCCUGUGAGCGCCGGACCUCCUCACGCGGUCACCGUUUGGCCAACCUGUCCUGGACUGCGGAGCUGCGACUCAAAAAGCUCACGAGAAACAGACAGAGAGAGCGAGAGAGAGAGAGCGAAUGAGCGAACGGAAGAAAAACGUCACAGAAGCAACCGGAAAUGAAGCAUGGAGCAUCACACGCUUCCACUUCUGCCUUUCUAACUCCCUUCAUCUUUCUUUCUCUCUCUCUCUCUCUGUCUUUCUCUCUGUAUAACGUCCUCUUCCACAGGACUGGUGGGCUGUUUUUACUGUCACAAAGCGGAAAGCUCAGAGAAAUUUUGUAUAUUGUCAGAUUCCCAGUCUCUCCAAACAAGACAGAAAACGGAGAGAGAGAGAGAGACGGGCGAGCGCCUUUGCUUUUACUGGAAUGAGACAUUGAAGAGCUGAGAGAAGCUCAUUUUACAUUACUGUAGGGUGGUGAAUUGAACUGAAUUAUAAAAAGUAUAUUUAUCAGUAUCAGUAAUGCUCUGAAAAAUCUUCAGUAUCAAAGAUAUUAUGACUUGUCAGAGACCGCGUUUCGAUCGGUCGCCCACAGAUAUCGGCAUCAAGGGCAUUUGGUUCCUUUUUGACUUUUUAAGCGCUUGUUUGUGCUUCCUGAAAUCCAGGAUGUGCUGGGACGAUCGCUUCAGUUAUUUGAAUGUUCCCCUUAUAUAGUUUACAGUUAGUUCAUCGCAGUGUAUGAAAUGUAAAAGGAAAUGUUUGGAUGGAAAGAGAAUCCAUGCAUUAUUAUUGAAAAUCACAUGAUUGAUUUUCAGUUUUCAUUCGUUUUCUCCGGCUCACAUGUAAACAACGCACACGGAAACAGACACACACACAUAUCCUGUAAAGCCUUUUAUCAUUUUUGCAAUAGAUCCCUGAGUGACUCCAGGCUGCUCUUUAACGUGCAAUAUCUUCAGCGUUUGUUCUUCCAUAACCUAUCUUGAAGUAAACCGUUUAAGUCAUGCUUAAAACGCAAACUUUCAGACGUUUGUAGUUUCAUAGCCAUUUUGGAUUUUGAACGCGUUUGUGCAGAUCAUGGCAGUUCACACAAAGUGCCCAGCUUCGGCCCAAAUCAGAUUUUUUUUUUUAGGUUGUUUUAAUCGUGGUACAAUAACGCGCUGGUAUCUUGCCACUUUUAUCUAUUUGUACAUAUAUUUUAUAUAAAUUACAUUUAUUAUUAUACAGUAAUUGAUUGACUUUAUAACCAUGAAAACCUAAACUGUUUAAACUAAAUGAACUUUUUCCUCGCCAGCAUUUUUUUUCUUCAAAAAGUUGCCAACCAGCGCCAGGAUUUUUUAUGCUUUUCACAAAAUUUGAAUGCCUUCUAGAAACUGUUCUCAACAUUCAAUGCUCUUAAACAAAAAAUAUUAAAGAAAAAAAAUCUUAAAACAGAAGAUAAUUCUGAGAUAAUUUACUGCUUUUUGGUCCGUAGGAUGCUGCAUUGUUUUAUAAGGUGAGUAACAGCGCCACCUACUGCAUAAUAGCACAAAUGUGGAGUUAACUCGUCAAUUAAGAGAAAACACUUCCCUGCCAAUGACGAGUUUUCUGGCAAUCCGCUAUUAUUCACCAGGUGAUGCUCUUCUUGCCCAACUUAUAAAAUCCGGAAGCAACCCCUUACUGUGGGUUCACACCAGUCGCAUUUGAGGUGUUAAAUUCACGUCUACCGUGUCCAGUUUGCCGCUUGGACAUUUUGAGUUUACGCGCUUCAUUCGUGCAUAAAAUUCUAGUCAUAGAGACAUUUACACGGAAAUUCGCAUCAUGGGAGGGGCUUGUGAUACUUCGCUCACUUUCUGUAAUAACGUCAUUACUAGAGCAAGCUCCUGAUUGGUUAACGCGGAACGUUUUUCCGGCAACAUUCAAAUUUUUCAACUAAUGCGUUUUCCGUUAGCAUCGUUCGUGCUAACGAAGCUGAAUCGCGUCUACCACGCCGUGCAAAACGCCUCAUUUGCGCUGCGAGACCGCCAUUGACUUAACAUUAAAAUCACUCGCGCUUAACACCUCUACCGCAGCAGGUCUGAACACAGCAUUAGGGCAAACAGUAAGAACUACGUGUAUGUUUUGAUGAUCGCUCUGAAUCUGAUCUCUAUCAAAAGUCCUUCACAAAAAUGCAACUAUCUCAGCUUUUUGCUCAAAAUUUGGUAUUUUUGAAGAAACCUACCCAUAUUUGAGAGGUGAUAAAAAGAAAAUAAAUGAAGGUAGGAUACAAGGUAGGAUUUUUGUUUGAAAGCAGAGGAUAUGUUCUUUCAUUUGAUAUAUUGUAUGUUUAUAUAUUUGAAGAUUUGAAGGAAGCAUAUUAUAUUUUUCUGGAAGGUAUUAAACAUUUGUGCAAAUUUUUUAAAAACUCUUUUUUUUCUCACCCAAAAAUGAAACAUUUUUCAGAAUUUACUCACCCUCCUGUUGUUCGAAACCUGUAUGAAUUUCUUUUUUCUUAGAACACAAAAGAAGAUUUUUUAAAUAAAUGAUUAUAUUAACACUGCCAUAACCAUUGACUUCCAUAGUAGGAAAACAAAUAUUAUGGAAGUAUUGUGAUAAAUGAUAAAGAAGAUAUUUUGAUAAAUAAUAGUAAGCACACAAUUGAAGGUACACAUUGAAUUUAAUCAUAUUUGGUUUUCCUACUAUGGAAGUCAAUGGUUACAAUCAGCUGUGUGCUUACCAUCAUAUAAUAAAAAAUGUAUUUUGUGUUCAUCAGAAAAAAGAAACUCAUACAGGUUUGUAAGAACAUGAGGAUGAGAAAAUGAUGACAGAAUUUUCAUUUUUGGGUGAACUAUACCUUUACUUGACAAUAUAACUCACCAAUGGUGGGGAAAGAGUUAAAGCUAGUUAAAUUAAGUCAUUUUGAAUAAUAAUGUAAAUCAUUUCAUGAAUUAAUACUGUAUUUUGCCUGCUGGUGGAUGCCAUAACCGUUUUGCGACCAGAAACCGAAUUUUUCCUUUGUCAACUACUUAUAAAAAUGUUGCUACUGUUUACACCACAUAAUUCGGAAAUAUUUCAUGUUAUAGAAAAUUCUUUCACAGUGCCUACGUUUUCUUUAAGGGCUCUUAAAAGUGUGACACAAAUGCAUGUUUUCCCUGUCUGCUGCUUUUAAGGACAUUCUAGUACGAUUCAUUCAUCCAGUCAGUGAUGAUAUUUAUGGGCUCAGGUGAUUGGCUCUUUAGUAUCCUGAGUGCCAAAAAGCAACGUUAGAUGAAAAAAUCUGAUUUGGGUUAAAUUCAGUUGCUGUGUGGACAUAACAUGAACGCUAUUCAUUCAGCCCAUCUGAAACCUCUGUGCAUACUCAUACAAACAAAUACUAUCAGGAAUAUAGUGGAUUUUACAAUGGUUUUGAUUCUGUAUAUGAAAUUAUAAUUGACUAUUAGUGACAUCAUCACAGCAGGUAAUUGGCUUGUCAAUUAUAUCAAUGAGCUUAUAACGAUCAAUGUGUUUAAUGAAAUUUAUAAAUGGUGGCUAAAGAAUAAUCAGCUUCGCUAUUUGCCUGCCUCCAACUAAUAUCCCUGUUUAGACCAAAACGCAUACACAGUUUUACCCAUAAUCCUGUGAAGUUUAGCUCAUUUUCGCUCUGGAUGACACGAGAAUGACAGAAUGAUAAAUUGGCUUUUUGCCCUUUUGUGCCGUGACAGUGAUGCGGUAGAAAUCGAUACAGUGCUUUGAGGCCGUCCUACUCACUGUCUAAUGUAAGGAGGAAAAUGACAGCGGGCCCAGGACAGAGUCCUGAGGUCAACCUUUGACUGACGCAUUUGAUUUAGCAAGAUUUCAUGUAAAUCAGUGCCAUGAACUGUGAUGUUUUUAUCAUGGUGAUUUAUGGACUGAGACUACACUAAUCAACCUAUAAAAACUGGCACAAUAUUUGUGUGCGUGUGUGUCAGGCAGAAAAGAAGAGGAAUCUUGAGGAAAAACAUUUGCACUUAUUUAAGACAGAUUUAAUGAGAAAUAAUUAAUGUGAUGAAAACUGAGGACUAGAAAGAGUUUUUUUAUUUCUUUUAGAUUUUGCGUUUAUAAUUCAAUAUUAUAAAUAAGUGUAUUUGGAGUGCAGUGACAGUUUUUUUCUUGCUGUUUUUAUUUAUUGAUUUUAUAUAAUUGUUUGUUUGUUUAUUCAGUUGUUUACUGCUUUGUUUACAUCAGGGUUUUGUGCAAAGACUGAGACGCUUUUGCUGUGGUUUCCAAAGUGGGGCUGCACACAAUCAAAAUCUGAUUUACUGAAGAUUAAAAAUUACUGUGAAAUUUAAAAGGAAUAAAGAAACCUGCACGCAUUUCACACACUGAUAUUCUAAACAUAACCCCUAAAUAAAUUUUCCAAGUCAAGUAUUAUUUGCUACAUGAAACAAAUUAAAAGCAUUUGCUUGCUUACUGUAUUAACUGCAAAAAUACACACAGACAGACAGACAGACAGACACAAUGUAUUACCAAGAAAAAUAUAAGACUUCACUUACUACUAGAAUGAAUUACUGAGUUGACAUUUAUUUAUUUAUUUAUUUGAAAGAAUCAAAUGUAUUUUAUCAAUUUGUAUUUGCCAUAACAUUAUUCUGAAUAUCCAGAACAGAUUGAACAUAUUGCUUUUAUUUAAAAAAAAAGAAUAACUAUGAAAAUAUUACAAUGCCAUCUUGAUGCAAAAAUAUAUUUAAAUGAUUUAUCUUAAAAGAGAGAUUUACCAAUGACAGUAUCGGACUAUGAAAAGUGUUUAAUUUCAGUGAGAUGCUCGUUGUAAAUUAGCUACAAAAAUAAUAAAAUUACUUAUGUUAAAGA